AGAACUUCCCCUCCACGCCACCAACUUUUCCACCUUCAGCAACGGAGGACACCCCUGUUCGGACAAAAGCCUCCGCCUUCCUCUCAAAUCCGCCACCGCUCCACCGCUCCUCUCCCAGGAAAAUCCCCACCUCUGCAUGGGCAAGCGCCUCCCGGCCGCCGCCGUCGCCGCCGCCGCGGUCCGCUCCUACGUCCGCAGCCUCCGCUCGCCCUCUGCCGCCGCCGGGAAGGCAGCGAAGACGCCGCCUGCCGCUUUGGAUACGCCCAGGAACUCCGCCGCCGCCGGGGCAGCCAGCUUCGGGCGGUCCGAGGUGCGGGAUUUGGCAGCGGCGUGCGGUCUGCAGGAGGACGAGCGGGUGCCGCUCGCCGACGUGGUGUCCGAUUGCACGAGGCGGUGGUUCCAGGACGCGCUCAAGGAGGCGCGAACCGGCGACGUCUCCAUGCAGGUGCUCGUCGGCCAGAUGUACCGCAGCGGAUACGGCGUCAACAAGAACGAGCACAUGGCAAGACUUUGGAUGGAAAAAGCAUCAAGAUAUUGAUCUACAGUCUGGAAAGUUAGCAAUAAACGCCCAGGGUUCAAUGCUAGUGACUCAGACUCAGAUUCAGAUGAUGCUAAGGAAACAUGCAAAUAAUGAAAAUUUUCAGAGUUAAUGAUAUUAAUGUCUGGUAACUGCACCUGCACUGCUGCAGUGAUUACAAAACCAGCGAAGCAACACAAACUACUUGAAGCUUCAGACAUCCAGUUCUGUCAAGGAAUCCGUUCGGGUCCGUUACUUAGCAUGUGUGCUGGAUAUCGAUGCUGUUUCCAUUUUUUUUUCUCUGUGAGUUACAUACGCUGUAUUAUCGGUGUUCUGUUUCCACGGGGUUUCUCUCUCUUUUGUGUUAAAUCUGCUUAUCAUCAAAAAUGUGAAAUUGUCAGCAUGGGUUUUCACUGAACAUACAAGGAAGCAGCAGGAUAUUCCAUUACAUGUCUAGCCACAUGUGCAUCCUCAGUUCUUUCAUUGGUCUUGUUCUCCAAAUGAGCAUUCGAAUAGAUGUGAAUUUUGAAUUUAGUUAUGGCUUA